UUGCGCGCCCCCUCCUCGCCGUGCCCCGGGUCCGCGCAGAAUUGUGCGUCCUCCCCCCUCGUCCCUGAAGGGAAGGAACUGAGGCGGCGGCAGUAGCGGCAGCGACUCCUGGGAGCCCGAGCCUUCGCGGCGCCCCCGUCCCUCCCCCGCCGCACCCCGCCCCGGCGCGAGAGGAGAGCGCGAGAGCCCGAGCCGCGGGCGGGCGGGCGGCGAAGAUGGCAGAGGCACCGGCCUCCCCGGCCCCGCUGUCUCCGCUCGAAGUGGAGCUGGACCCGGAGUUCGAGCCCCAGAGCCGGCCGCGCUCCUGUACGUGGCCCCUGCAGAGGCCAGAGCUCCAGGGGAGCCCGGCCAAACCCUCGGGUGAGACGGCCGCCGAUUCCAUGAUCCCCGAAGAGGAGGACGAUGAAGACGACGAGGACGGCAGCGGUAGGGCCGGUUCGGCCAUGGCGAUCGGCAGCGGCGGGAGCGGCGCGCUAGGCUCCGGGCUGCUCCUUGAAGAGUCGGCCCGGUUGCUGGCUCCCGGAGGGCAGGACCCCGGCUCCGGGCCAGCCCCCGCGGCAGGCGCGCUGAGCGGGGGGACGCAGACGCCGCUGCAUCCUCAGCAGCCACUGCCGCCGCCGCAGCCGGGGGCGGCUGGGGGCUCGGGGCAGCCGAGGAAAUGCUCGUCGCGGCGGAACGCCUGGGGGAACCUGUCCUACGCCGACCUGAUCACUCGCGCCAUCGAGAGCUCGCCGGACAAGCGGCUCACUCUGUCCCAGAUCUACGAGUGGAUGGUGCGCUGCGUGCCCUACUUCAAGGAUAAGGGUGACAGCAACAGCUCUGCGGGGUGGAAGAACUCGAUCCGACACAACCUGUCAUUGCACAGCCGGUUCAUGCGGGUCCAGAAUGAGGGGACCGGCAAGAGCUCUUGGUGGAUCAUCAACCCUGAUGGGGGAAAGAGUGGGAAGGCACCCCGGCGGCGGGCUGUGUCCAUGGACAACAGCAACAAGUAUACCAAGAGCCGUGGCCGCGCAGCCAAGAAGAAGGCGGCCCUGCAGACCGCCCCUGAGUCAGCCGAUGACAGUCCUUCCCAGCUCUCCAAGUGGCCAGGCAGCCCCACGUCACGCAGCAGCGAUGAGCUGGAUGCGUGGACGGACUUCCGCUCGCGCACCAAUUCCAACGCCAGCACUGUCAGCGGCCGCCUGUCCCCCAUCUUGGCAAGCACAGAGCUGGAUGACGUCCAGGAUGAUGACGCACCGCUCUCCCCCAUGAUCUACAGCUCAACUAGCCUCUCACCCUCUGUAAGUAAGCCAUGCACUGUGGAGCUACCACGGCUGACCGACAUGGCGGGCACCAUGAAUCUGAAUGAUGGGCUGUCUGACAACCUCAUGGAUGACCUGCUGGAUAACAUCACGCUCCCAUCGUCCCAGCCAUCGCCCACUGGAGGGCUCAUGCAGCGAAGCUCUAGCUUCCCAUACACCACCAAGGGCUCCGGCCUGGCUUCUCCAACUGGCUCCUUUAACAGCACGGUGUUUGGACCCUCAUCUCUGAAUUCCCUGCGCCAGUCUCCCAUGCAGACCAUCCAAGAGAACAAGCCAGCUACUUUCUCGUCCAUGUCACACUAUGGCAACCAGACACUCCAGGACCUGCUCACUUCAGACUCACUCAGCCACAGCGAUGUCAUGAUGACCCAGUCGGACCCCUUGAUGUCUCAGGCCAGCACCGCUGUGUCUGCCCAGAACUCCCGCCGGAACGUGAUGCUUCGAAAUGACCCAAUGAUGUCCUUUGCCGCCCAGCCUAACCAGGGGAGUUUAGUCAAUCAGAACUUGCUCCACCACCAGCACCAAACCCAGGGCGCUCUCGGUGGUAGCCGUGCCUUGUCGAAUUCUGUCAGCAACAUGGGCUUGAGCGACUCCAGCAGCCUUGGGUCAGUUAAACACCAGCAACAGUCUCCUGUCAGCCAGUCUAUGCAAACCCUCUCGGACUCUCUCUCAGGCUCCUCCUUGUACUCUGCGAGUGCAAACCUUCCCGUCAUGGGCCAUGAGAAGUUCCCCAGCGACUUGGACCUGGACAUGUUCAAUGGGAGCUUGGAAUGUGACAUGGAGUCCAUUAUCCGUAGCGAACUCAUGGAUGCUGAUGGGUUGGAUUUUAAUUUUGAUUCCCUCAUGUCCACACAGAAUGUUGUUGGUUUGAACGUGGGGAACUUCACUGGUGCUAAGCAGGCCUCAUCUCAGAGCUGGGUGCCAGGCUGAAGAAUCACUGAGGAAAGGGGAAGUGGGCAAAGCAGACCCUCAAACUGACACAAGACCUACAGAGAAACCCUUUGCCAAAUCUGCUCUCAGCAAGUGGACAGUGAUACCGUUUACAGCUUAACACCUUUGUGAAUCCCGCACCAUUUUCCUAACCCAGCAGAGACUGUUAAUGGCCCCUUACCCCGGGUGAAGCACUUACCCUUGGAACAGAACUCUCUAUAUAAAGUAUGCAAAAUCUUCCUUGUACAGGGUCAUGAGCCACCUGCCAGCGAAGGACAGCACCCUGUCAGCACCACCCACCCUCGUUCGGAGCACGCCGUGAGCUCCUGUGGGCGACUCUGUGGUGUAUUCAUAUCACGAUGGUUUAUGGGAUGUUUUAAGUGUCGUUUUUGUGUUUGUUUUCCUUUGACUUUCUGAGUUUUUCACAUGCAUUAACUUGCAGUAUUUUUAUGUUAAAAUGUUAAUCAUCCUUCCCCUGGCAAAUUUAAAAACAGAAGGAAAAUGUUGUACCAGUUACUAGUCUAGCUUUGGGCAUCACAAGCAUUUGAGCUCUUGGAACUCCAUAAACUAACAAAUUACAUAAACCAGAGGGGGAUUUUCUUUCUUUUGUUCUGUAGAAAACUAUCCUUUUCUAAAAACCGAACAGUGGCACAACUGUUUACCGUGCGCACCAGUCCAGGGCUGACCCCUGCACAGGCCCAGCGAAUGGAGGGCUGCAUGUGACCCAGUGUGUUUUCGUUCUGAGUCGGGGCUGGGGUCGGGGGGACCCCCAGCCCCUGGUCUGCAGUUCCAGAACACUCGGGCCUCUGGUCCCCUGGCAUUAUCCUCAGCUAAUGCAGUGAACAGUGAUGGUGUGCUGGUUAGAAAUUAGGGUCUUUUCAAGAAAUAAGUCCACUCCGCUGCCCACUCUUUGCCAAAUGCCACUAAGGGAUUUAGUUUUAAGGAGAAA